AUGGCAGCCUCAGGGGUGUUCGGAAGGUGUGACAUUCUCCUGGUCUACAGCCCGGAUGCCGAGGAAUGGUGCCAGUACCUCCAGGACCUCUUCCUGUCCAGCCGGCAGAUCCGGGGCCAGAAGACGCUGACUUACCGGCUGGGCCCCGACACUUUCUUCUCCGCCGAGGACCUGACCUUCUUCCUCAGCACGCGCUGCAUCGUGGUGCUGCUGUCGGCGGAGCUGGCGCAGCACUUCGGCCAGCGGGCCCUGCUGCCGCUGCUGCAGAGAGCCUUCCACCCGCCGCAGCGCAUGGUCCGGCUGCUCUGCGGCGUGCAGAACUGCAAGGAGUUCCUGGACUUCUUUCCCGAGUGGGCACACUGGCAGGAGCUCACCUGUGACGACGAGCCCGAGACGUAUUUGGCAGCUGUGAAGAGAGCCAUUUCUGAAGAUUCUGGCUGUGACUCAGUCACCGACACCGAAACGGAGGACGAGAAGGCCCUGCCCUACUCGAAGCAGCACAGCCUGCCGCUGGACACGUCACCUGGGAACCUGAUGGUGGUGCAGCCAGACCGCAUCCGCUGUGGGGCAGAAACCACUGUCUACGUCAUUGUGAGAUGUAAGCUGGACGAGAGAGUGACGACGGAAGCAGAAUUUUCUCCAGAGGACGCUCCCUCCAUCAGGGUGGAGGGCAAGCUGGAGAAUGAGUACACCGUGUCCGUGAAGGCCCCCGCCCUUUCAUCUGGGAAUGUGUCUCUGAAGAUAUAUUCUGGGGACUUGGUGGUGUGCGAAGCCAUUAUCAGCUAUUACACUGACAUGGAAGAAAUCGGGAAUUUAUUGUCCAACGCUGCGAAUCCUGUGGAAUUCAUGUGUCAGGCCUUCAAAAUUGUUCCCUACAACACGGAGACGCUUGAUAAGCUGCUCACGGAGUCCCUGAAGAACAACAUCCCCGCCAGCGGACUGCACCUCUUUGGAAUCAACCAGCUGGAAGAAGAAGAUAUGAUGACAAAUCAGAGGGAUGAAGAGCUGCCCACCUUGCUGCAUUUUGCUGCGAAGUACGGACUGAAGAACCUUACUGCUUUGUUGCUCACAUGCCCAGGAGCCCUACAAGCAUACAGUGUGGCCAACAAAUACGGCCACUACCCCAACACCAUUGCCGAGAAGCAUGGCUUCAGGGACCUGCGGCAGUUCAUCGAUGAAUAUGUGGAAACGGUGGACAUGCUGAAGAGUCACAUCAAAGAGGAACUGAUGCAAGGGGAGGAGGCUGACGACGUGUACGAGUCCAUGGCCCACUUGUCCACAGACUUGCUCAUGAAAUGCUCCCUCAACCCGGGCUGCGAUGAGGAGCUGUAUGAGUCCAUGGCGGCCCUCGUCCCCGACGCCACCGAGGACCUCUAUGUGGAAAUGCUUCAGGCCAGUACAUCUAGCCCAAUCGCUGGAGAAAGUUUCUCCCGGGCCACUAAGGACUCUAUAAUCCGCAAGUUUUUAGAGGGCAAUAAUGUGAGCAUCGCCACUCUGGAGAAGGAGCAGUUCCAUCAGGAUCCAGAAGAUGUUUAUCACACAGUGGAAGACGAUGAGGCCUUUGCCCUGGACCUGGCCAGCAGGCCCCCCGUCCCAGUGCCCAGGCCAGAGGCCAGUGCUUCUGGUGCUCACCAGGUGCCCGACAAUGAACCGUACAUUUCUAAAGUUUUUGCAGAAAAAAGUCAAGAGCGGCCUGGGAAUUUUUAUGUUUCCUCAGAGAGCAUCAGGAAAGAGCCUCCUCCUCCUGUCAGACCGUGGCGAGACAGACCCCCGUCGAGUAUCUACGAUCCUUUUGCUGGGAUGAAGACGCCAGGCCAGCGGCAGCUCAUCACCCUCCAGGAGCAGGUGAAGCUGGGCAUCGUCAAUGUGGACGAAGCUGUGCUCCACUUCAAAGAGUGGCAGCUCAACCAGAAGAAGCGGUCGGAAUCCUUUCGCUUCCAGCAGGAAAAUCUUAAACGGCUAAGAGAUAGCAUCACCCGAAGACAGAGAGAGAAGCAAAAAACAGGAAAGCAGACAGCCUUGGAGAUCACCGUCCCAAUUAGGCACUCACAGCUGCUGCCCAGCAAAGUGGAGAUUGGAGUCUAUGAGAGUGGCCCCAGGAAAAGCGCCUUCCCCGCAAGGACGGAGCUAAGACGAGGAGACUGGAAGACAGACAGCACCUCCAGCACAGCGAGCAGCAUGAGUAACCGAUCCAGCACUCGGAGCCUCCUCAGUGUGAGCAGCGGGAUGGAGGGGGACAAUGAGGAUAACGAAGUCCCUGAGGUGACCAGAAGUCGGAGUCCAGGCCCCCUACAAGUGGAUGGAGCACCUGCCCUGCCCCUGGACAGGCCCCCCAGGGUGCCGCCCCGAGCUGCCUCACAGAGGCCUCCAGCCAGGGAGAUCUUCCCUCCUCCUCCACCUGUUCCACGCAGAGGUCGUUGA